GUGAGGAAACCUCACUUCCUGAACAUGUGUUGUGGAGGGAAGCUCGUGUGGGCAAGGAUCAUGCUGUCGAUCCCGAAGUUCAGAGAGUUUUUACUGAAUGUGAGACCUUGUCGCAAUCGGCAUCCACCGGUGAGGGGAGCGUACUUAGUAGAGCACUAGAUGCUCCUGAGUAUCCCGGUCGGGUGAGGGGUAAGGGUCAUGGUGUGACUCCAACCUCUUUUUACAAGAGUCCUAGGAGAAGAAAUCCUUCAAAUGAAGAAGUGUUGCAAAAGUUGGCGGAAUUGCAAGCACAAGUCUCUGAAUUGCAAAGAGAUAAAGAAGCGUAUAUGAGAGAAAAGUGCAACACUUCAUCGGUGAAAGAAACUAGUGAUAAGGCUAGUAUCAACUAUCAAAGGAAAUUUCCCGAGGGCAUUUCAUCUUGCCAACUAUACUUAUCGGAACCGAAUUAUCGACUAGUUGGCAAGGGAAAAGUGCACAACACUUUGGGAGAUUUACUUCACCAUAGACCGCUCCCGGAUGGACACCUGAAAGUAUCGGUGGAUGUUGUAGUAGAUCAUGAUGCGAUGCUACCGGUACCUGACAUGGUCUCAGAGACGACAUUGCUGCGAGAUGCAAUAGGAUCAUUUGUUGCAUGGCCCUCGGAGCUCAUUACCAUUAGUGAUGAGACUGCUCCUAUAAAACCCACAGUUAAGGGUAAAGGGAUUUUACAGGAGGAGGAGUCCGUUGCAUCACUAAAAGAGGCAUCCGCUCGGGAGUCACAACAAGUGACGCAGCAAGUUCGUACCGUACCACCCACUGGUCCUCCGAAGCCAGCGGGAAAAAAAGGCGGUGCUUUUGUGCCUCGGUACCGGUCGACGCUCGCAACAAUGGUUGAUAUGUCCGAUUUGAAGGAUGGUGCUUUACGUGAAAUCGUUAUGGAUGAAAGUGUCUUCGGUAUUGAAUUCAAGUCACUUAUUACAAUUGAUGACUUGGAGGAGAUUUUUAAGCAUGAUCAACUAGGCGUCACUAACAUGCACUCAUACAUCCGGUUGUUGUAUGACAGAGUGUUGCGCGGGACUCCGUUGUCUAACAGAUUCCGUUUCGUGUCUUCCGCCCACUGCAGCGGAAUGGCAAUUGCUUCGGAACCGGAAUCAGUUAGACAGCGCUUAGUAGAUAGUUUCAUGUCCACCGGCAAUACAGAAAGUCUGCAUCUUUGGGCGUAUAAUACCCGACCAGUAGGAGCACACUGGUUGCUGCUUGCUAUCAACCCUAUAAGGGAAGUCGUGUAUUAUCUGAAUUCGGUAAAUGGUGAAUGGACCAAUUAUCCGGCCAUGAAGGAAAUCGUUGAUUUAUCAAUACAAGUGUUCCGAAGUCAACGGGACGCACAGGUAUCCCGAACUAAAUCUAACAACAUUACUUGGAUCCAAAAUUCAAAUGAUAUUCUAGACAAUUCAAAUAGUUUGCGGGAAGAUUAA